AUGAUUGGCACCAUUGCUAAUCCAGGUUAUUCUGUAAAAUACCCGACACCUUCCUAUUAUUCAUGGACACUUGUUGGUGGGAAUGAAGUCAUCACUGUGAGGUAAAAGAAAUCCGUUUGUGUUUUUUGCUAUUUCAAUUUUUUUUUAAAUUUAUUUCAAAGGCACGAUGGGAAAUAAUUUAAUUUAAAGAAAAUCUUAAGAAUGAAAUGUUUUUGGUUCAAAUCACAAAAUCAGACAUAAUGUGCGAAAAAAUAUAUCGUUUAUUAAUAGAUGCUUAUCAAAUAUAUUUUUAAAAAAAUAUAUAUUUUCAUGAAAAAUGCACGUUUUCCAAGCCACUGCAGGUAGCACUCAUCCUAGCUUUGCUUCUGAUUGUUAUGUAAUUAUUAUGGUAAUGACUUUCUCGUUUUGCAACAACAACAAAAAAGUUUUAUACACACACAUAGCUAUACAUAUCACAUUUCAAAAUAGAAUGAUAACAAAAAAGGGGGGGGGGGGGGCUAGGGAAUUGAAAAAUGAAAAUAAAUAAAAACAUAAAUAUUUGGCCUACAACGGUCGCUAAUUAACUUUGGCUUAUGCAAUUUUGUAUGUUUAAUUUUGUAACGUUUAAUACAUCCCUUUAGAUUCGCUCAUCUCUCGAUAAUCCUGUUUGGAAAUAGUGAUCACCUAAUUCAUUUAUUUCAGAUUCUUUUUUCAAAUGAAAGGAUUUCCGGACUGUAAGGAUGCUGUACUUCGUGUGUACGACGGUGGAAACACGAACGCCAGAUUGAUAGCACAAUAUUGCCAGUCCAAUUUUUCAGCUAAUCUAACAUCAACAACUAAUUUGAUGCACAUUGUUUUUAAAACAAACAGCAGUUAUUUGGGUUACCCAGGAUUUAAUGCAUCUUUUGUCGUCGAAGGU